AACCUAAAACACCUAAAAGCAGUUUUUGAGGUUUUAAUUUUUUUUUUUUAAAAAAAAAAUAUAUAAAUAAACCUUAUCAAAGCGUAUCAUCGAUGGUUCUCCUUCAAAUUCAAUAUCUCAUCUUUCUUCCUCAAAUCAUUCUCAAGAUUUCAUUCUCAAGAUUCAAGGAGCAAGCAAUUCCAGAUAAGCCGGGAUGGGAAGCAGCGGUGGCGUGGACUCCGGAGGAUAAAAAUGCUACAAGCCAAGGGAGAGCAAGGAAAAUAUUUGCUACAAGUGCAGAGAAAGCAGAAGGGUAUGCAGUCUGGUGGGCAAUUAAAGAGAACAUCAGCCAAUAUAAGAGUAUCUUAAUCAGAUCAGAUUGUGAGAAUGUAGUGAAAUCUCUAAACUCGCCUGAAACGUCUUCGGUGGAGCAAGUGUGGUCAUGGACAUCUUAGAUAUGAUAAGGAGCUUAGAUUAUUUUAUUUGCAUAAAGGUACAAAGAGAUUGUACUGUUUGGAUCAAGUAGGAGUUUUAUCUGUGAUCGAUUGUUCAUUUGCCCCUUAGGCAGUAUAUGCAAUCAAUAACAAUGGAUUCGAGGACCUAGUGACUCCUUCUGUAAGUGAUAAGUCGUGUUUUGUGUAUAUUAUUUAGCUUGUUUUUAGUUAGUUUUGUUAGUUUAGUUGAGUAUUUGAGUCCGUUUUGGUGUA